AUUUUAAUGAGUGAUCACGAAAACUCAAAUAUCGAAGAGGUCAUUACUAAGAUUAAAACUUUACCUUUACCUGAGAGAGUCAAAGCCGUAGCACUUUAUUAUCACUUGAAACGCAAACAACAAUAUGAAGAAGAGUUAGAAGAGCAAGUAUAGAAACUUACAAUUGAAUAUGAUCAUUUGAAUCUUCCUCUUUAUUAGAAAGUAAGUAUAUAAAUUGUAUUUCAUUAAAAAGUAAAAUGAAUUAAUUCUUGGAUAAAGAGCUGCUACAGAUAUUGAACUGUCUAAUGUUGAUAAAUUUUUGAGUGAAGCAGAGAAACCAUUAGUAGCUGAGAAUAAUACAGCUGAACCUAUAGAUGAUUAUUGGUUUAAGGCACUCAAAAAUUCAGUAGUAAUAGGUAUAUAUAUAAUAUAUAUUUAUAUUAGCUGAUGUAUGUUAAGAUAAUGAGAAGGAUUGGGAUGUAUUAAAAUCACUCAGUAAAGUAGAAUUAGAUCUUGAAGAGAAUAGUCAUAAUUUCACUAUUAAACUAACAUUUGCACCUAAUGAUUAUUUUACAAAUACAGUUCUUACAAAAAGAUUCAUUUUUGAAAAAUCUGGUGAGACUCCAGUAAAAAGUGAAUCAACUCAUAUUGAAUGGAAAGAAGGAAAGAAUGUAACUUAAAAGAAGGUUUCAAAGAAAUAAAAAAAUAAAAAAACAGGUGCAUCAAGAACUGUUGAUAAAGUUGUUGAUAAUCCUAGUUUUUUUGGAUUCUUUAAAGAUUUCGACCUUACUAACAAGAAAGAACUUGAUGAAGAAGAAGAAUAAAAGGAAGAAGAUUUAAUGAAUGAACAUUUUGAUAUUGCCACUGAAUUUUUAGAUUCAAUAGUUCCAUGUUCAUUAGAAUUAUUCUUAGGAUUAUAACCAGAAAUGGCUGAAUUAGAUAAUGAUGAUGAUGAAGAUGAUGAAGAGGAAGAUGAUGAUGAUGAUGAAGAAGAUGAUAAGAAGAAAUCUGUAUAUAUUUAUAUAUUAAUAUAUUAAUAGAAAAGAAAGAAGUCAAGUAGUAGUAAAGGUGAUAAGACUGAUAAUAAAAAAGCCGAAAAACCAGAAUGCAAAUAAUAAUGAUCUAUGUGUUG